CUCUGCUGCUGCUCUCCUCUCCCGUCGAAGAAUGCCCACUGCAUUCCGCCAUUCUCAUCAAAAAACCCAAAAUCAACAAAAAGAAGAUGAAAAACAAGAAAAACAAGAAACAAACGCCUAAAUCCCCCCAAACCCUAAACCCCCAAAUCCAACAACAGCCACAAGAAUCCGAAGAAGAAGAAGAAAUCGGAGAACUAGGGUUUAAGCUGAAACCCUCAUCAACCCCCUCCCAAACCCUAGCGAUCCAGCCCCUCGGCAACCUCUACCUCUCAAAUUCCACCAACAUCCGCAACCCCGGCCUCGGCUCCCUCCAAAUCAUCCCCGACGACCUCAUCCCCGACCUCCUCGCCCUCCUCGACCCCCAAAACCUAGCUCUCCUCUCCGCCGCCAGCAAAUCCCUCUACGUCUUCGCCACCCACGCCUGGCGAAACUUCGUCCUCGAUCGCCUCAAAGGUGCGUUCUUUUUCGCCGGGUCGUGGCGAUCCACUUACAUUGCUUCGCUAAAUUGUGAAUCGAUUCCGUGCUCUGGGCUCAAAAUUGGGAACUUUUACUCGGAUUAUCUGUUUCAAAGCUGGCUCUGUGCCAAUCUCGAAAUGAAGCCGGAAUGGCUUGAGAGAGAUAAUAUUCAGAGAAGGAAAGGGAUUUCAGUGGAGGAGUUUGUUUCCUGCUUUGAGGAGCCGAACAAGCCGGUUCUUCUUGAAGGUUGCGUUGAUGGCUGGCCGGCGAUGAAGAAGUGGAGUAAGGAGAGUUUGAUCAGGGUUUGUGGGGAUGCUAGUUUUUCUGUAGGGCCCGUGGAGAUGAAGCUCGAUAGGUUUUUUCAUUACUCGGAUCUUGCGAAGGAGGAGCGGCCGCUUUAUCUGUUUGAUCCUAAGUUUGUCGAGAAAGUUCCUGAACUAGGGUUUGAUUAUGAGGUUCCGAUUUACUUUAGGGAAGAUUUGUUCUCGGUUUUGGGGGAGGAGAGGCCGGACUUUAGGUGGGUUAUAAUUGGGCCAGCUGGUUCGGGCUCAUCGUUUCAUGUGGACCCGAAUUCUACUUCGGCUUGGAAUGCGGUGAUCAAGGGGUCGAAGAAGUGGGUGAUGUUCCCGCCGGAGGUUGUUCCUCCGGGUGUGCAUCCGAGCCCGGAUGGGGCGGAGGUUGCAUGCCCGGUGUCUAUUAUGGAGUGGUUUAUGAAUUUUUAUGGGGCAUGCAAGGAUUGGAAGAGGAGGCCUGUUGAGUGUGUGUGCAAGGCCGGGGAUGUGGUUUUUGUGCCUAAUGGAUGGUGGCAUUUGGUGAUUAAUCUUGAAGAUUCUAUUGCUAUUACUCAGAAUUAUGUGAGCAGGAGGAACUUGUUAAAUGUUCUGGAUUUUCUGAAAAAGCCCAAUGCAAGUGAGCUUGUCUCAGGAACAAAAGAUCGGGUAAACUUGCACGACAAAUUCAGGACUGCCAUCGAAGCAGCAUUUCCAGGAACCAUUGAUCAGCUCGCAUUUGUUGCCAGAGAGAAGAUGUUGGCCCAACAAAAGAAACAGAGCUUCUGGGAGUCAGCUACUGAUGCCAAUUCUGGUGGUUUCAAGUUUUCUUUUUGAUCCUCCCCCCAAAAUAUGAAAGAGAGUUGGAAGCUUUUGCUUCCCCUCUCCUCCAACCUUCAAAUCUUCUGAUAGUCGCCACUGAGAUUGCGAUAAGUAGCUCAACUUUCUUUACUAUCGAUUCAUCAAUUCGAAAUACUGAUGAAGAGUUCGAAUCUAGCUUCUCAUCUAUGUGUCCUCUUAUGUCUUCAAAACUUCAUAGGAGCGGGCACUGAUGUGAGCGUGGGAGGUGUCGAGAGCUCAGUUUCUAAUCUAAACAGGAAAGAGCGGGUUGCUAGCUAUUCAGAUACGUGGAUGUUACAAGGCAAAUUAUUUAUCUGUUGUAUCAACCUUGUCAUUGACAUUGUUUAAUAAUUCCAAUUUUUAUUCGAUUUUUUUUAUUUA